UGUUCUGAAAGGGCAUUCUGCAUACCCUCGCUUGGCAAAGUGUGAGGCUGAGAAUCAAGGCUUCUUAAGUAUAUGCAAAUUCCUAACUCCUCUGAAGUCAGAGUGAGAGGGCAUGCUGAAAGCAUUACAUGAACUUUUCCGGCCACUGGAGAAGCUUCACUUGCAGUCUAGUUUCUCUUUUGGAGAGCUCUUGCCUGAAUGAAGAACACAAACCUCUUAUGCAGGCUUCCAAUUGAACUAAUGCAUUAGUCAAAAGAAACCACUCUUGAGUGUAUUUCAGUUGAUGGCACUUGUAAUCCAGCCUCCAAGAAGUCUAAGCAGGGUCCCUUUGGGAGGAAUUACUGUAUUUUCAAAGGGACACUUGUGAAGAAAGUGCUUGGAAAAGUAAUCCAAACGUGGUUGUUAAAAGGUCUGGGGUAUUUGGAGUAAGGGAAGAAGUGAAGCAGUCACCUCAGGACAUGUUUAAAAAGUUGGUCAGUGCUAUGCCAGAAGCGAAUAGAAAUGUGGGCGCAAAGAGACUCCUCUAAAAAUGCGUUAAUCCUGAUCACAGCAUGUUAGGACUUUGUCUCCUUCGAGACACUUUCUGGUUCCAUGUCAACGUUUAGCGUUUGGCAGCUUUUUCAACACUCCCUGAUUCCGUUUAUCUUUGCUCCACAUCCCAUUCUCUUACUGCCCUCGUCCUCCUCUCUGCAGGAUUGGAUGGGCAGGGUGUAGGUGGCGGUGGUUGUCCUCCACAUCCUCCCCAUAUGUUGUCCAUUUAAUUCAGAAGCACUGAUUCCUCCGAAGGGUGCUCUGCCAUGGGAAAAUGAACAUGCAUGCCUUGAGACAGGAAUAAUUGAAACCACUUUUUUUGCAGAAAAAGCUGGUGAUUCAAGGGAAGCAGAUUGCGAUGCACUACAGCAACCCUAGGCCUAAAUUUGAGGACUGGCUUUGCAACAAGUGCUGCCUUUACAACUUCAGAAGGAGGCUAAAAUGCUUCCGCUGUGGAGCGGACAAAUUUGAUUCAGAACAGGAGGUACCACCUGGAGCAGCAGAAGCCGUUCAGUCUGUGGAUUAUUACUGUGAUACCAUCAUUCUCCGAAACAUUGCUCCUCACACAGUAGUGGAAUCCAUCAUGACUGCCUUGUCUCCAUAUGCAUCUCUGGCAGUCAAUAAUAUUCGUCUUAUCAAGGACAAGCAGACCCAGCAAAAUAGAGGCUUUGCGUUUGUGCAGCUGUCUUCUGCCAUGGAUGCUUCUCAACUGCUGCAGAUUUUACAAAGCCUUCAGCCUCCGUUAAAAAUUGAUGGCAAAACGAUUGGUGUUGAUUUUGCAAAAAGUGCCAGAAAAGACCUGCUGCUCCCAGAUGGUAACAGAGUCAGCGCCUUCUCAGUGGCAAGCACAGCCAUUGCUGCGGCUCAGUGGUCUUCCACACAGCCACAGACUGGAGAAGGCAACACCCUUGACUACAGCUACCUCCAGUCAGGACAGGAGGGCUACACACAGUACGCUCAGUACUCCCAAGAUUAUCAGCAGUAUUACCAAAAUCAAGGAGGAGUGUUGGACUCAGACACAGCUACCAUAUCAGGAGCUCCGAUCACUACCACCACAGCUGCAGUUGUGUCCCAGAGUCCUCAGUUGUACAAUCAACAGGCAAACUCACCUGACUCUCCGACACAAUCAGCACCACCCACCACUAGCACUCAGGCACAAACAGCUCCCCCGACUGGAGUAGUCCCUGGAACCAAGUAUGCUGUCCCUGAUACUUCCACCUACCAGUAUGAUGAAUCUUCAGGAUAUUAUUAUGAUCCUGUAACAGGGCUCUACUAUGAUCCUAAUUCCCAGUAUUACUACAAUGCCUUAACUCAGCAGUACCUUUACUGGGAUGGCGAAAAGGAGACCUAUAUGCCUGCUGCAGAAGGUAUCACAUACCAACAAACAGCUACCACAACCACUACCAAAGAAGUGAAGGAAAAGAAAGAGAAGCCUAAAAGUAAAACAGCACAACAGAUUGCUAAAGACAUGGAGCGCUGGGCAAAGAGUUUGAACAAGCAGAAAGAAAACUUCAAGAACAGCUUCCAGCCACUGAGCACCAGGGAGGAGGAGAGGAAGGAGUCAGCAGCUGCAGAUGCAGGCUUUGCCCUCUUUGAGAAAAAGGGAGCUCUGUCUGAGAGGCAGCAGAUCUUGCCAGAGGUGUUGAAAAAUGGAGAUGAUGAAAAUCCGCUGAAGCGUGGCCUUGUGGCUGCCUACAGUGGUGACAGUGAUAAUGAUGAGGACUUGCUGGAAAGAAUGGAGAAUGAAGAAGAGAAGCUAACUGACUGGAAGAAGAUGGCCUGUCUGCUGUGUAGAAGGCAGUUCCCAAACAAAGAUGCUCUCAUUCGGCACCAGCAGUUGUCUGACUUGCACAAGCAAAACAUGGAUAUCUACAGGAGAUCAAAGCUUUCAGAGCAGGAGCUUGAAGCCUUGGAGCUGCGUGAGAGAGAGAUGAAAUACAGAGACAGAGCAGCUGAGAGGCGGGAGAAGUAUGGCAUCCCAGAGCCACCUGAGCCAAAGCGCAAGAAGGUCUAUGACGCCGGCACAGUUAAUUACGAGCAGCCCACCAAAGAUGGCCUUGACAACAGUAAUAUAGGCAACAAGAUGCUGCAGGCCAUGGGCUGGAGGGAAGGCUCAGGCUUGGGAAGAAAAUGUCAGGGCAUCACAGCACCCAUUGAGGCCCAAGUACGAAUGAGAGGAGCUGGUUUGGGAGCUAAGGGCAGCUCCUACGGUGUCUCCACAGCAGAUUCCUACAAAGAUGCAGUGCGGAAGGCCAUGUUUGCUCGCUUCACGGAGAUGGAGUAACAUGCUGUGGCCUGCAAAGCACGCACUUGUUAGCCAGAACUGACUGUUAAACUCUGUAGCCUUGGUGGCCUGGCUGUAUUCUGGUUAUGGUUUAGUUGACCAUUUCAUUCCCUUGGACGUUUUCUCCCCCUCUCAGCAUGUAUUACUUCCAUGAGCAGACUGUUUGCACUGCCCUGACUUCAUGCU